GCAAGAUUUAGAAAUGUCCAUUACCCAAGUAGAAGACUGGAGAUCUCAUAUUGUAAGAACCGUGAAUCAGGAUGAUGGAAGAAUAGACAUUCUGCAUGACCUGAAGAACAACGAAGUCCUAGUGAUCCUAGACUGGGCAAUGAAGUACUUGCCACAGAUGUAUCGGGAGAAAAUGAAAGACUUCUUUGGUCAGAAAGGUGUACACUGGCAUGUAUGUGUUGCAGUUUUCAAGGAUCAAAAUGGAAGUUUGGUGCACAAGACAUUUACUCACAUAAUGGAUUAUGUGAAACAGGACUUCUUUGCUGUUCUUUCAUUACUAGAACAUACACUAGUAACCAUUAAACAACAUAUGCCAAACAUUACGGAAGCUUACCUGAGGUCAGACAACGCUGGGUGCUACCAUUGUGGGCAGAUAUGGCUCUCCAUACCAUCAUUGUCGGAGAGAACAGAUUUCAAGAAUCAGUAUUGCUUAGAAACAUAA